AUGCUUAAACUUGAUAGUGUUGUACCUUCAUCACCUGCAUGGACAACACCAACAAAUGAUGGUGGUUCAAAAAUAACUGCUGGUGAAAGUGAACCAAGUUCAACAACUGAUCGAGUUAAAAUAACUGAAUAUCCAAAUGGACAAGCACCAAGAUUUGUUAAAAAAUUAACAGAUACAAGUACAUCUCUUAAUGGUGAAGUAGCAUUUACAAUUAAAUUUGAUGCUAAUCCAGCACCUGAACUUGGGAUAGUGAUAAUAACUCAAAGAUUUCAUGUUAAAACACCACCUAAACUUACACGAGAACCAGAAGAACAACGUGUUCCAUUGGGUGAAACAUCAAAAGUUAAAAAAGAUGAUCAAUCAUCAGCUGAUGAUGAUCGUGUACAUACUGAACGAGAAGAUGCUGGUACAUAUGCAAUUAAUGUUGCUAAUGAUUCAGGAUCAUGCAAUGUUCCUUUGAAAGUUAAAAUCAUUGCACCACCACUUCCUCCAACUGGUCCACUUGAAAUAUCAAAUGUAUCGAAAGAUCGUGCAACACUUUCAUGGAAACCACCAAAAGAUGAUAGUGGUAGUAAAGUAACUGGUUAUGUUGUUGAACGACGUGAUACAUCAAAAGGAGCCGAUGUUUGGAUACCAGUUACACAAGCAUGUAAUGAAACAACAUUUACUGUUCCAUCAUUACUUGAUGAACAUGAAUAUGAUUUCCGUGUUAUGGCUAUUAAUGAAAAUGGCACUAAACUACCUGGUUCACCUGGACAACCAAAUAUCACUGGAAUGACAAAUAAUACUGUCACACUUAAUUGGGAUAAACUAACUUCCGAUGAUGAUGUUCCUAUAAGUGGUUAUUGGAUUGAAAAACGUGAAGGAAAUACUGAUAAAUGGAUGCCAGUCAAUAUGUCAAUCAACACAUUUUACAGUACCAUCAUUAGUCGAAGAUCAUAUUUAUGAAUUUCGUGUUACAGCUGAAAAUGAAGCUGGAAAAGGAACAC